GGAUGCACGGGACCAUUUUGAUGCAUUUUGUGCACUAAACAGCCACAUUUUAGCUUUUUAUUACGAGUGACUAAGUAAAUUAGUAUAAUAUCGAACAGCAUAUAUCAUGAAUAAUAAUCAAAUUUUCCUCAGUUUACAAUCUGCCAAGGGCCAUUAAAUACAAGCUGCUGGGCAAAAAUUUUGUUUACAUCUUAUAGAGAACAAUAUUAAACCUAUGGGGACAAUUACGUAUCUUUUUAAAGGUUAAAAAAUAACCCCUAAAAUAUGCAGCACUGUUUUUAAUAGGCUGUCCUACGAUUGGCUGGUGACCAGUCCAGGAUGUACCCUGCCUCUCGCCCAAAAGCCAGCUGGGAUAGGCUCCAGCAUACCCCCACAACCCUAAUGAGGAUGAAUGGAUGGAUGUUUUUUUUUGGCAUUAUUGGCCUUAUUCUCUAGGUUAAACAUCGAUUAGAGCCAUUUGCUAGCCAAUGCUAGCAUGCUAUUUGCUAGCAAUCAUUGCAAUCAAUAGUAGGGUGACCAUAUUUUAAUUUCUGAAAGCCAGGACAGUUGGCGCAGUAAGGAGAAACUCAAACGAUGCCCGAAGUUUUAUUCAUAGGUGUCUUAGAAUUUCAGUACAUGUAACGUUUGCCUCCUCUGCAUGGAUAGAAAAUUAUUAUAAUACAAAAUACUAUCUAUAAUCAAAGGUACAAAUUCAGAGCCUUCUCAGAGGUUAACAUGUUUUAUUAUGUCUAAAAUAAAAUCUCUUAGAUAAGAUUCAAGGAUGCAAAAAAACAUAAAAAUCUCUGGAAUGAAAUAAUGAUAGAAAUAAUGUUUUGUAUUAGAAAAACCAGCCUGCAAGAAAACAAUAGUCCAAUGAAGAACAAUGAAAACCAGACCAUUUUCAUCCCUUCCUAAAAAAACCCCCAAAAAAACAAUACAGCCAGGACAGGACAUGAAAACAGGAAAUGUCCUGGGAAAACAGGACGUUUGGUCAAUCUAACCAAUUGUAUUUGAAGCCCUGAUUCUCAGAGCUUUCCUUUUUGCCUCAGUUAUCAUUAAGGAAGUAGAAAGUAGCACCGUCAAAGUAGUUCAUUUUCGAAUAAAGCCGAGAGGUUGUAUUGCGAUAUUUUUACGAUAACAAGGGACUGUAGUAACGGAAUGAUACCAUAGACAGGAAUCCCAGCCCGAUGUGUUUCAUCAGCAGAGCAGAAGAGGAAAUAAUAGAGAUUGUCAACAAAUGUAAAGCAAAAACAUCAACUGCCAAUUACAUCAACUGUACCAAUUUUCAAAACUGGAGACAAACACCAAUUUACAAACUACAGAUCCGUUUUCCUUAUAGACACUAUUUUCCAGUAUCGUCGAAAAGCUAUUCAACAACUGGUUAGAGGAAUUUACACAUAAGAAUGAAUUACUUGCGGAUAGCCAAUACGGAUACAGAGCUCACAUUUCAACUUCGAUAUAACUGAGGAAAUGAUCAUAGACCGCAAACAGUGCACAGCCGCAGUAUUUUGGGAUCUAAAAAAAAGCAUUUGAUACAAUAUCUUUACGGAGAAACUACAACAGUAUCAGAGGGCUAGUUUUGAACGGGGUAAAGAGCUACGUCGCAAACAGGAAGCAAUAUGUAAGACCAAGAGAAUAAACAUCAGCAAGCUUAAGUAUAUUGUGGAGCGUACCCCAGGGGUCAAUACCAGGUCCAAACUAUUGAACCUACAUAUAAAUGACUUCUGUCAUCCUUAAAGUUAAUAUUAUUUGCAGAUGAUACUACUGCAUUUUGUUCUGGAGAAAGUACGCAAGAGCUAGUAAAUAAGUCACAGAUGAGAUGACUAUACUAAAAAAAUGGUAAAUGAUAAAAACAGAUGAUCCCUGAAGCUAAGUAAAACUAAUCUAAUGAUAUUUGGUAAUAGCAUAAAGGACACUUAUGCACAAAUACAAAUGGAUGAAGUAGAAAUUGACAGGAUGAAUGAACAUAAAGAUGAUACAUUUCUCGCCCAAAAAUCACUCUAUACUCUUGUUCUUUGGUGUUGCCAUAUGUGUGAAAACAGGGGGAAAUAACUCAAAUAGUAUAUUUCACUCACUAACUGUACUAGAAAAGUUACUGUACUAGUUAUAGAGAACACACUAACACUUUAUUCCUGAAAUCACAAUUCUUAAAAUUUGCUGAUCUGGUAAACUUUCAAACAGCUAAAAUUAUGCACAAAGCAAACAAUAACCUGCUCGUCAAAAACGUACCACAAUUCUUCUCAACAAGAGCUUUUGCACUUACUAUUUUUUCAUUUUUUAUGACUGCUUGAGGUCUUACAUUGCCCAUACUCACUCACCAUCAAACUAUGUUUCCGCCAACUAUAUUGACCAAUUAUGAAUGUUUAUAUCAUUUAUUUAUAUCGAUUUACAAACCUUAACUCUAUUGUAGCACAUUGUUGCACAUCUUUAUCAUUUCUCAUGUUAUUUCACAAUUGGUAAAGGGUGAGUGUUGAAUACAGGAAGUGAACAAAUGAUUUAGCAAGAGAUGUGAAACUGAGAGCGUUAAGAUUUGCUUCAUCUUACUCCUUUUUGGGCAUAUGGAAUUGUGAAUUGUAACAUGUAAAGUAUUCCAAGUAUUCCAAAAUGUAACCUGUAUGCAUGUUUCAAAGAAAUUUAAAAAAUGGAUUAAUAAAAUAAAUUAAAACCUUACCAUUACCGUUACCAAACCAUAUGUGGCUUUUACAAUAAAGGGUAUUUACAGUGCCGUUUACUAGUGAUGUAUGAUACCACUGAUUUUGUUUUCGAUCCGAUACUGGGUAAAAUUCCGACUGGUACCAAUUCGAUUCCGAUACUUUGCAAAUUCACUAGUAAAUGUGUCUAGUAAAUUUAAAAUUUUUAAAAAUAUCGUAGCAUAAAGAUAUACAAGCCAUUUAAUUAAUUCAUUAAUUAACAAAAUUAAUAAUUCAAAUAGAUUAACAAUUUAAUUAUUAACUUACGUAAUUUAUUUAUUUUAAACCCUGAAGUAUAUUGAGGUAGCGGCGUGAUUUACAAUAUCGCCAAGCUAAUCUACAACAAGACAAAAAGUGGACAAAAUCAUAUAAAAUAUGUCAAAAUGGUAUUUGAAACAGUAAAAAAAGAAAAUAUGUUAAUUAAUAAAACCAUUAAAAGAAAUGAUUAAUGAUUAAGAUCCACUUUAAGAAUGAAAACUUUAUUCAAGAUCGGUCCACGUUUCAACAGACAACCGUUUCAGACAAACAUCCCCUGAAAUGACCGAAGUAUCGAAAGUAUUAAUUAUUUGAUUUGAGAAUCGAUGUCAGAGCAUGACGAGUCGGUUUCGGUAGUAUCGAUAUUUCAAUAUCGAGGCGCACAUUGCUACCAUUUACAGUUAGGCAACUCUAAAUAUAAAUCUACAUGCAGUGGCGGUUCUAGCUAUGGGCCACAUGGACAAUUGCCCAGGCCGGCAUUCUCCAGGGGGCGCCACUGGGGUGGAAAGAAAAAAAAUUCUAUUUAGAAAUGCUCAGCGCUCAUCAAAUCCUCAUCAAGUCUACGCAUACGUGUGGCGGAUGGGCGCCCUCUACAGGCGUGAUACUCGCGCCCCCAAACGUGAGCAAACGUCCGCCACGUGAGGUGGAUCAAACCAAAGAAAAGGCGAGGGGGAGAGUGCCGCUGAGCCUCGGGCUCAGGUUAAUUACAAGGUAAAAAGUGUAAAUUACAACAGUAAUUGCUCAAAAAUGAAACAUAUUUAAUUGUUAAUAUUACACUGUAUGAAUUAUAUCGCAGACCGAGAGUCAUGUUAUUUCACGACGAAAAUGUGAAAUAAAAAGGACGGAAUUGUGAGUGCUGCUAGUUGGACGCAGUGGGAGAUAGUGAUGAAGGUGCCGUUAAAUUGUGUUCACGAAACAUGGAAAAGACAAACUCAAAACCAUCAGGUGCACAAUUUAGAAAGAAGAGGAAAAGAAAGAAGGAGCAGAAACGGGCCAAAGACGAAGCUAAACACCAUGGAGGACCUUUCAUCCGCUUACCCCUUUACCAAUCUCCACCCUCCUCAUGCAUCUUUCCACCUCACGCAACCUGGCCUUCAGAGCCCCGAGGUGGACUCUUUCCAGCAGUAUGGAAGUAGAGUGACUUCCUUUCCUUCUUGGAAGAGAACAGGGGACACACAUGUAGAAGGCACUGACGCGGGUGAGCACUUUGUUGACACGUGGUAUGAGAGCGGUAAUAAAGCAAACAAAGGCUGGGAGUCUUGUGAGGACAUUUACGGCAAUUUGGAUAGUUGCUGCAACACAAAUGAUUAUGGUGAAGGUGAGCACCAGACUUCUAACACCUCCUCCCACAAACUGAGGAGAAUGUACUUCAGGGAUAUGCUCCACACUUUUAAGCAAUCCAGCAGUGCUGAGAAUGAUUGGGAUUAUGGGUCCUCACGUGAAGACAUGGACCAACCACCAUGGCUCCAUUCCUCUUCAGUGGGCCAAAGCCAAACUUUGCCUUCAAGCAGUCUUUCUCAAACAUCAGCACCUCAGAAACUGGACUCUUUCUCAGAAGCUUUCCUCUCCCGGCGGAGAACAUUCCCACAGGAUUUCCACAGAGAGUCUUGUGGACCCAGUCUGCAAUCUGAGGUGGUGAAAGACACCCUUGUGUUAAACCAGAAGUGUGUCUCUCCUGCAUCCUCUUACCUCCGGUCCUCAGUGAUUAAUCCUACACACAUACCUUUAGCAUCCACCAUGAUGGACUUCACCAGUCCCUCACCAGGAGGGGAAGCGAACUAUGGAGCAUUGGACUUUUUUGCCACCCGCUUUCCAUCCUUGUCGUCGCUUUACUCCAGCAUGAUGUGGCCGCUUCCUGUGGUGCCGGACAGAGCAAACAGUAUGGAGGGCAACCUGAGAGCUUCACCUGCUGGGGACUGUCGCAACGUCACACCCUUUUCACAUCCCGAGUCAGCAUUCCGACCACACAGCGCCUCAUCACAUGCACCUCACCAUGGUGAAGCGGCAGAAAGUGACCAUUUUGUGACAAAUCGAAAACACACUGGAAGUCCAUUUCCCAGCAUACUUCGCUCUGGCAAGGACACAAGGAGCGGUCACUAUACUCCCCGACCUCUCCUCAACCCAGGCCGCCGAGGGACAGGGCUCUACUCCUCCCUCCCAUCACUUCAUCCUCAAGAGGAGGAAACAGUUUGUUCAGAUGAGGAGAUGGAGUGUCAUGUGACUGCACGGGUCAACACAGGCAAUGAGUUCCAGGCGGCGCUUCCCCCUCAGGGGCCCAGGGCAAGGUCACCGGGCAAGCAAUUCAACAGUGAACAGUUGCUGUGGCAGCCGCAGAGAGAGCUGGAGGAGAGUAGCGCCUUGCAAGACCAAGUGGAGAAGUUGCUGUUGAUGUGUAGUUCCAGUUGCCUACCAGGAGGGGGCAAUAACACAGAGCUAGCGCUGCACUGUCUGCAUUCCUGCAAGGGCAACAUAGUGGCCACAUUGGAGAUGCUACUACAAACACAGGCCUCACCUACAGGAGACUACCACUACUCUGGUAGUGAUUUUUGGAGCGAGCGUGAAAAGAGUGACUUCAACACGGCCCUGAACACAUAUGGAAAAAACUUUACAUGCAUACAUCAAAUGGUGAAGACCAAGACAGUGCACCAGUGUGUGGAGUUUUACUACCAUAACAAGAAACUCCAAGACAAACAGAGAAAAGAACAAGAGCAAGAGAAGCAGGAGGAGAAGUCGAAGGAGUUGCGCUACCCUUGCAAGCAGUGUGGCAAAACUUUCUUCAAGAUCCAGUCGCGUAACGCUCACAUGAAGAUCCACCGGCAGUCGCAGGAGGGUUUGACGGACAAGUUCAUCACUCGCCACUUGUCUCUCCCUUGCGGCGUCAAUCACACGCACCUUUUGGAAGCGCCACCUCUGUCGUUUCCCUGUGCAGACAGUCUGCUCACCCUCAAUCUAGCUGACAUCAGCACAUCAGAAUACAGCUAUACCGGCAGCCCCAACUCUCAAGUAAGCGCUAUUGCUGAUGCUGGUGGCUCGAAACAAAUAGAAGCCCCAUCGUCUGCUCUCGCUUUUGACCAGUCAUGGGCUUCCUUUGAUGAGUUCUACUGCGUGACUUCCAAGGAGAUGGUGGGAACUCAGAUGGGUGAGACCAAAGAGCCAAUCAGCUGGUUGUAGUUGUUAACCUUAAAUGAGGGGUGGCCAAACCUUUUCCACCAAGCGCCGCAUACCAAAAAACAUCAUAGGAUGCGGGGGCCACUUUGAUAAUUUACAUUUAGCAAAAAAAGGCUAAAACCGAUAUGCUAAGAAGGAUACACCUUGCAUGCACACUUUUUUAUUACCGUUUGCUUUUUUUACAUUUUUUGUUCCCACUUUUGAUGUAUUUGUACAAUAAAAAUAUAUUUUUAGAAUGUGCAUGGGGCUGAUAGACAAUGAGUCCCCCUUUAGACACAUCUGCCUUACACCUUUUUGCUCUUUUUUCCACUUUUUUUUUGUAUGUAGACUAUUUUUAUUACUGUAUAUACAUUUUAUAUUGUGUUGGAAUGUGCUGUGGUCGAUAAAAAAUUAGCUGCGGCCCACAGAUGUCCCAACAGCUGCACUUUGGACAACCUAGCCUUAAAGGGACUGUUUGCAACGGCUGCCUAGAGGGUGCUAACUUUCAAUUGUGCUGCAAGCAUUACAUCCUACCUUUUUCCUGCUCCGAGAAUGGAAGUAAGCUACGUCCCACGUAACACACACACAUGCGCAGUAGCCUUUGCUCAGUGCUGGCGGUGUGAAGGGUAAAUGUCUGAACACCCUGCUUGUAUUUUUUUAAUAUAUUUUUUACAUUAUAUUUUUGUAUUUUUAUAAGACAAAGGACAAGUACAACCUCAAUAAAACAUUUAAAUUAAUAUCGCUUCUCUGAGAUUCCUUUGUGUAUGUGUGUGUGUUUACAUCCAUGUGUACGAGACAGCCGUGAGUGACAGCCAUGAACGCCAGUCAUCUUAUUUGGGCCAUUUUUAUUCAGGUUAAUUUGUAUUUGUCAAAUAUAAAUAUAUAUAUAUAUAAUAUAUCUUUUUUUGUUAGGUCUGUGAUUUUAAACCACUAUGGUAACACAUGCUAGCCAGUGGUGUUCUUUAUUUUUUGGUAUAAAAAAAUGACGUCAUUUUGAGCCAGUUGCAACAGUCCCUUUAAAUCAGUGCUUCUCAAAUAGUGGGGCGGAUCCCCCUAGGUGGGGGCGCGGUGAACUGUCAGGGUUGGCGUGAGAGGCAGGGAGGACUUUCAAUAUUAGUGCAGACCUGCCAACAUGUCUGAAUUUGCCAUACUCAGCAUCCAUUUUGACUCUUGAAUAUGCUUGCAUGCUUCACUGCUCUCCAUUUUGUUGCAUUUUGCUGGUUUCAGUUUUGAGUUCAGUUUGUACAGUACAGAUAAAUAAAUAGAUAAUUUCUUAAUCGUAUUUCAAAUCGGGGGGUCGCGAAAAUAUUUCUGUUUCUCACUGGGGGCACGACAAAAAUGUAAAUGUUUAAAGCUGACGCCUGAGAUUUAAGCCUUUUUGUGUGGUAAACUAUUACAAAUGAUGAUUUUUUUGGAUGGACUUUGGCAUUUGAAUUUCCUCACUCACAGUUUACCAAGGUGUCUUAUCUUUCAGUCAUAUCCUAUUUCACAAUAUUCCUGCUGGAAAAUCUUUGAUCCUGUCUGUAAAUGAAUGCUCAGUGUUGCAACUAGAUCUUAUUGUGCAGACCAUGUGUGUGUUGUAAAGUCAGUGCAAACAGUGACCUUUAAGAGGGCCUUGCACCCUAUUUAAACAUGCUCUCCCUCUGACCAAUGUCCAACAUGUCUACUGCCCUUGUGUGUAUAAUGUUCUGGCUGUUGUACCAGUGGCUGCAUAAUGCCAGUAUCAGUGUCACAACACAUCACCAGUGUUUGCCAUGCUGUUUUAUGACAUGAUGUCUCAUUACUAACAAUCGAGAGCCCUCACAGUGGGAGAUUACCCAAACCUGUGGCAGUGUGAGUGAAGCUAAUGUGAUGCUGAGUACAAACACAAUGACUGCCUCCCUUUGUCUUGUAGUUUUCAUCGUGCAGGAAGAGAAAAGGGGUGCCGAAAUGUGGUAAAUUUGGUGGAAUACCUACAGUUUGACUGUUGCGUAAUGGCAGACCAUUGUUGUCAAGUUGUCCUCUACUUAUGUUCACCCUUUAUGGAGAGCUUUUGCAGCAACCUAAAGCAGUGAUGUCCCAAGUGCCUUAUUUAUUGGCAUGUUCCAAACAUAAAAUUGAACACGACCCGCACUCGAACAUCAUGAAGGAGGAUUAGGACCACACAGAAAACAACAGUUAAAAUGGAAAUUGCCCACGUUCCUAAAAAAAUGACACAGACAAGCAAAAAUGUCUGACUAGAGCAGAUCCCCCAGAUUUCUUUUCUCUGCUUUAAAUUGUCAAUAAUAUUUUUUUAGAACAGGGGGGAAACGAGUGCUGCAGCUAUCAAUCCAGCAGAGGGCGCUGUCUUAUAAGUCAGUUCACUCAACAUUUAACAACAGGAAGACGCUUUGAGCAACUGUAUGUUUUGUAUUUUGGUAAUUACUGUAUACGGUAUGCCUGUUAUUGUUUCUUAAUGUGUAAAACUAAAUUUAAAAUGUGCUUAGUAAUUGUGAGAGACAUAUUUGCUUGUCAGUUGGUCCAAGAUUAACGUGAGCUACCCCCCCAUCGAGGCGUCCUCAUGGCCAAAAUGCACUCGUUGGUCUGACGUCGUUGAUCUAGACCUCCAUAAGAUCGACUUGUCGCUGGAGGAGCCCCCCUUCUCGCUGCCAAGACACUGCGAGCUAGUAGGCUCAGCGCCUUGCUAGC